UGACCGCUGAAGAUUAACAUGUUUGAUUUGGAAAUUGUCACACUUGUAAUUGAAGGUGUUAAAUACAUUACGAGGUGAACAAAAUUCUCAAGUAGAAACUGUCAAGUAACCCCUGAUUUAAAGCUCCCACCCCCUUGUCUCCUCCUCUCUUAUCUCCAGUUUUCUCUCCUCACCUCCUGUCAUAUUAGAACAGCCUGUGCCAGAAUUCAGACUUUUCGGACUGUAGCCAUGAAUCUGACAGCUCCUCUGCUGCUGCUGCUUCUCACGGCUUGUGCGGCCAGUGGUGCGCUGCUGCCCAAGGCCUUAUGGCAGUUUGGGCAGAUGAUCCCUUGCACCCAGCCUGGCGUUAACUCCCUAAAGUACAACAAUUACGGCUGCUGGUGCGGUUUCGGGGGGAAAGGAAGCCCUCUGGAUGAAUUGGACAUGUGCUGUAAAGUUCACGACAAAUGCUAUCAAGCAAGCAGAAAGGCUCCAGGGUGCACAGCUAUCGCUGACCUUCCCUAUGUUCUUGUUUAUGACUUCACCUGUUCAAACCAACAAGUGACCUGCUCAGCGACCAACAAUAAGUGCCAGGCUGCCGUGUGUGAGUGCGACCGGGUGGCGGCUCACUGCUUCGCUCAGUCCACAUACAACCCUGAAAACAAGAACAUCGAUCCCAGAGUCCACUGUGUCAACUAAGUUAUACAACCCACAAAAACACACACACACAUACAUGUGUGCGUUUCACUAUCUUUGUGGGGACCCAUCAUUGACAUAAUGCAUUUCCUAGCCCCUUACCCUAACCUUAA